AUUCGUACAGCUAAAUCUUGGUCAUCAUAAAAGCAGUAAUGCAGACACAGGUAUCUUCAGUCAGGAAACUGGAAUGACAAGACCAUUUGAAAAGUAUGUAGCCAUAUUUGCACCUUAGAGAACCAACGAAGUGCUAAGGUUAAGUGGGCAAAAGAUUUACCAAUUUUCAAGCUUGCCCUAGCUACAAGUUUUGCAACCUAGUGCUUGCUAGCCAACCAAUUCAGUAAAAUACACAUAACUAAAUUGCUUGAAUUUCUUCAAGUAAACAGCAGUCUAAAUAACAGGAUUGUAUAUUUAUACAUUUAGAAAAUAAUCAAGGGCAAUAUGCGAGCAGUUUGUGUGCUGCGUAUGAGAGGAAUCAAAACAAACUCGCUGCACGUAUCUAUGACGUAAAAUGCUGAGCUGGCUUAGCUCUGUAAGGUUACAUAUGAAACUUUGGUUAAUUAAGACAAAUCUCAUUAAAUAUUACAUACAGAAAAACUGCGUAUUGGAGGGUAAUGUGACAAGGCCUCCUUCAGGGCUAUGUUCAUCUAGUCGUCCCAAAAUAAAAAGAGACAACAGGUGCUGGGAACGAGGUUGACCAAUACUAACUCUUCGACAAAAUCACUGUAUUUACAUUUAUCGUAUUUUAAAUACGAUAUUUUAGGUGUAUAUAAAGUUAGCUAAUUAAAAAGUACUUCAGAACUUACAAAGCCAGGAGACCCAGAAUAAUUUGUCGUCACACCGGAAAAUCGAAAUAAGUAAAAGUGGGGAGAGUUCCCCUGUGUCACAUGCCAAUUUUCUGCGUUCAGAAUAUCGACCACGCUUUUUGAUUGGAUACUUCUAUUGUUCUUUGCUUACAUAACCUUUAUCGGAAAAUUCUUUCUUCUUUAAUGUUUUGAGACGAAUAGUCUCACUUACCCGUUCAAAUGUGAUUAUUCCCUACUAAAAAAUAAAAUAUGGACACGCUGACUUUGUACUCAUUGGUUGAUUUUAAUUCGGCAUGUGCUCUGACACAUUCGUUUUCGUAUAAGCUUUCGUAUGAGGAAUUUUGAUAUCGUCAAAGAAAGCCUACUUUACAACAGAGUUCUUUUGCACUACACAAUUUUUAUCAAAUACCCUCUUUACCUAAUCUCGCAAGUAGGACUAGUUAUAAGCAGAUUCUUUACUAUGUGCUCAAAUGUGCUGAACGUGAUGGCUAUUGUUCUUUUAGUCAAAAAUGUGCAACUUAUCCAAGUACGAUUAGCUGAUUUGAAAAUUGCACAGUGUACUUUCACCGAGUACGAUAUUUCUACACCCUUGUACCUCGCCACUCCCCGUAUCCCAGCCCUAAAGACUGUAGCUUUACUACCUUUCACCAAGCAGAAAAUAAUAGCAUAUUUUUUAUCAUUUAAGUCGGACAAUUGGCUGAUAAAACCUUAUGUAGAGUGCCUCAAUGGGAACUCAGGAGAAACUUUUUUUCCGAAUAGCUACUAUUUCUCUUUUUCCCACGAAACAAAUGUAGUGUUUGUUAUUUGUAGUAACAAAUAUAAGGUGUUGUUUAAGGUGUUUACAGAAAAGUCAGAUAUCGUCAGUCAUCUUUAUUUAAAAACUAUCGGAAUUUCUGUGCCAUAAACAAAGUCAUACAACAUGUCUCUUUUGUUAUCAUAUCUACUCCUUUGGCAGUCAUCCUGGCUAAAAUCCUCGCAAUCAUCCUCACUUCUUUCCUCAUUGUCGUCGUUGAGUAAUGCUAAUAGUUGGCUUCCAUCGUCAAAUAGCCUAGGAAUUUUUAUAGUCAUGUCGGACUAGGCCGUUUGAUGUUCACUUCAUUAUCUUUUGUUUCAUCAAGGGGACUUUUAUUGGGGUAAAUAUAAAAUUAGGAAAUAAAAUCUAAAAAUCGAAUUGUCACAAAUAUUUUUAGCAACGUGUAUUUAAUUCACUGCAUUAAAAGUUGUUAAAAACGAAAAUGAGCUCCAACA